GAUUCUGGAGACAAAGCCAGCCCCUUCCUUAAUAUUUAUUGCGACUACGAGCCCGGCUCUGAAUAUAAUCUGGAUUCUAUUGCACAAAGCUGCCUGAACCUGGAAUUACAGUUCACACCGUUCCAGCUGUACCACGCAGAAGUCCAGGUUGCCGACCGGCCGGAGACCGUCUUCCUCCUGAGCGGAAACGAUCCCGCGAUUCAUCUUUACAAAGAGAAUGAAGAGCUCCAUCAGUUUGAGGAGCAGCCGGUCGAGAAUCUCUUUCCAGAACUUAAGGAACUUCCAAGCAACGUGCUCUGGCUUGACGUCUACAACAUUCCCAAUUCGGGGCAGCGGAUUACGGCUUUUGGCUGCCAGAGCGGCUACAUCCGGGUCGCUCAGGUUGAACCAGCCAAGCGGGCGGUGCUGCAGAGCUGGAGCAUCCAACAAGAUGGCCCCAUCUCCAAGGUCCUGGUUUUUGCUCUGCCAAGUUUCAUCCAGCCAGAGGACACCACUGGGGUUGUGUCUUUGAAAGGUGAGAUGGGAAGGGAACGGGGAAUGGGCGCUGAGAAGGGAGGGUCUCCCCCCUUGGUGGCCCAUAGGAACCAUGAGCUCUUAUGCUACAAAUAUCGGGCUGAAAACACGGGGGUGGCGAGCACAACGAGACGCCGCUGUUUCCAACCGCCUUCUGGAGAUUUCCAUCUGCUCUGGCAGCGCAGCUUCCCCAGCCCUUUGUUAUCCAUGGACUACGUAGACCUGACCUGCGAUGGCCUCUGUGAACUGGCCGUGGUGUGUCUGAAGGGGUUGCAUGUGCUCCAGCACAGCCUGACGGACGUCCUCCAGUGUCUUCUACAGCGCCUCCGGUUGGAAGCAACAAGCCGGGCAUCCCAUCUGAAUGUGUCCGUGCAGGACCCAGAUUCCAGGGUUGAGGAUACGGAGGGCCAAGGACCCGGAGC